UCUUCACUCACAAAGAUAAAACGGCAGUACAAAAACCCUAGCGCUCCUCUCUCUCUCGACAUUUUGGUUUCGGUAGUCGCGGCGGGACGCAGAAGCAUUAGCAACUACUGCGACUAUGGGUAUCGAUUUGGUCGCCGGUGGCAAGAGUAAGAAGACCAAACGGACCGCUCCCAAGUCCGAUGAUAUUUACCUCAAGCUCCUCGUCAAGCUCUACCGUUUUCUUGUACGGAGGACGGGAAGCAAGUUCAAUGCAGUGAUAUUGAAGAGGCUGUUCAUGAGCAAGGUCAACAAAGCUCCUCUAUCUCUCUCCCGUUUGAUUCGUUUCACAAAGGGAAAGGAGGAUAAGAUUGCUGUAAUUGUUGGGACAGUUACUGAUGAUAUUCGGGUAGAUAAAGUCCCUGUUUUGAAGGUGACUGCCCUGAGGUUCACAGAGAGAGCCAGAGCAAGGAUAGAGAAAGCAGGUGGAGAAUGCUUGACAUUUGAUCAACUGGCUCUGAGAGCCCCUCUUGGGCAAAAUACAGUACUCCUCAGAGGUCCAAAGAAUGCUCGUGAAGCAGUGAAACACUUUGGUAAGGCUCCUGGUGUGCCACACAGUCACACUAAGCCUUAUGUGCGAUCCAAGGGAAGGAAAUUUGAGAGGGCUAGAGGAAGGCGGAACAGCAGAGGCUUCAGGGUUUGAGUUGUCCGACCACAAGACAGAUUCAUCUUUCAAAUUCCAAGCAAAAGAUGACCUCCUUUCUUAUUAUGUUUCCUUUUUCAUUUCGAAUUUUUUUCUAUUGGUUUUGUUGGACAAUGUUUUCUAUGGAAUUUCUCUUUGCGUAUUCCUUUUCCCCUCUGGAUAUUUAAGUUAUGAGAACUUUAAAAUUACAUGUAGACAUUAGUAUAUCAUGCUUUUGGCCACUGGAUGGGUGCCAUUUAGAAAAUAGUUGCCUCCUUGUGAGGAUUCUUUUA